GGCGGCGCCGGCGACCGGAGCCGGGGCGGAGUGGGGAGCGAGGGAGGGGGGCGGAGGGAAGGGGGCGGAGAGGAGAGAGAGCCACAUUUCCAAUUCGGAACUACGAGCCCCGAGUUUGUAGAUGGGGCUGCUCGGCGGCGCCUGCGGCUGAGCGAGAGCAGCAGCGGCGGGCGCAGGGGAGCGGUGGCGGCGCGGAGGCGGCCGAGGUGCGAGCCGCAGCAAUGCAGCAAGUGUUGGAUAACCUUACGGAGCUGCCCUCAUCUACAGGAGCAGAAGAAAUAGACCUAAUUUUCCUCAAGGGGAUUAUGGAGAAUCCUAUUGUAAAAUCACUUGCUAAGGCUCAUGAGAGGCUAGAAGACUCAAAACUAGAAGCUGUCAGUGAUAAUAACUUAGAAUUAGUCAAUGAAAUUCUUGAAGAUAUCAGUCCCUUAAUAAAUGUGGAUGAAAAUGUGGCAGAGCUGGUUGGAAUCCUCAAAGAGCCUCACUUCCAGUCACUCUUGGAGGCCCAUGAUAUUGUGGCAUCAAAAUGUUAUGAUUCACCUCCGUCAAGCCCAGAAAUGAAUAAUUCUUCUAUCAAUAAUCAGUUAUUACCGGUAGAUGCCAUUCGUAUUCUUGGUAUUCACAAAAGAGCUGGGGAGCCAUUGGGUGUAACGUUUAGGGUUGAAAAUAAUGAUCUGGUAAUCGCCCGAAUCCUUCACGGAGGAAUGAUAGAUCGACAAGGUCUACUUCAUGUGGGAGAUAUCAUUAAAGAAGUCAAUGGUCAUGAAGUUGGAAACAAUCCAAAGGAAUUACAAGAAUUAUUGAAAAAUAUUAGUGGAAGUGUCACCCUAAAAAUUUUACCAAGUUAUAGAGAUACCAUAACCCCUCAACAGAGUUGCAUCAAUAUGGAGAGGCAUCCAGCACACGUCCGUCAGGUAUUUGUGAAAUGUCAUUUUGAUUAUAAUCCAUACAAUGAUAAUCUGAUACCCUGCAAAGAAGCAGGAUUGAAGUUUUCGAAAGGAGAAAUUCUUCAAAUUGUAAACAGAGAAGAUCCAAACUGGUGGCAGGCUAGCCAUGUAAAAGAGGGAGGAAGCGCUGGUCUCAUUCCAAGCCAGUUCCUGGAAGAGAAGAGAAAGGCAUUUGUGAGAAGAGACUGGGACAAUUCAGGACCUUUUUGUGGGACCAUAAGUAGCAAAAAAAAGAAGAAGAUGAUGUAUCUCACAACCAGAAAUGCAGAAUUUGAUCGUCAUGAAAUCCAGAUAUAUGAGGAAGUAGCCAAAAUGCCUCCUUUCCAGAGAAAGACAUUAGUAUUGAUAGGAGCCCAAGGUGUGGGACGAAGAAGCUUGAAAAACAGGUUCAUAGUGUUGAAUCCCACUAGAUUUGGAACCACAGUGCCAUUUACUUCACGGAAACCAAGGGAAGAUGAAAAAGAUGGUCAGGCAUAUAAAUUUGUGUCACGGUCUGAGAUGGAAGCAGAUAUCAAAGCUGGAAAAUAUUUGGAACAUGGGGAAUAUGAAGGAAAUCUCUAUGGAACCAAAAUUGAUUCUAUUCUUGAAGUUGUCCAAACUGGACGAACUUGUAUUUUGGAUGUCAACCCACAAGCCCUGAAAGUGCUGAGGACAUCCGAGUUCAUGCCCUAUGUUGUAUUUAUUGCUGCUCCAGAACUAGAGACAUUACGUGCCAUGCACAAGGCAGUGGUGGAUGCUGGUAUCACUACUAAGCUUUUGACGGACUCUGACUUAAAGAAAACAGUGGACGAAAGUGCACGGAUUCAAAGAGCAUACAACCACUAUUUUGAUUUGAUCAUCGUAAACGACAAUCUAGACAAAGCCUUUGAGAAACUACAGACUGCCAUAGAGAAGCUGAGAAUGGAGCCACAGUGGGUCCCAAUCAGCUGGGUUUACUGAUGAUUCAAUAAGGUUCAUAAUGGAAAUAAAACUUUUUAAAAA